UUCGAAGGUGAGCAAGUGGAUGCCCUGACACACGAGUUUUCAUCUCGAUUUCGGGAGAUUAAUUCAAAUUCGCAAGCUCGUGCUGGUCUUCUACUCACGCAGAUACUCCCAAGCUGAAGAUGGCCCUGUAUGAACUCAUAUUCGGGCUAUCGGUUCUGGCUCUCGCCGUCACAGUGUCACAAAGGACUCGUUAUUGGGCCAAAAUGGUUUCGUACUUCAUUAUAAUGCAGCUCGUUUCACUCGUUAUGUUGCCGAUGGCUCUCAUGUGCCCAAAAGACCCGAGGAACUUCUUAUAUGGCGCCCGGUUGAUCAACUUGUCGAACAUCAUCUUCCGAAUCGAUUGGAAACUCAAUGGUAGAGACAAUGUCAAGGACAAAGCCUACAUCAUCGUGGCGAACCAUCAAUCAUCUAUCGAUGUCCUUGGCAUGAUGAUGGCUUGGGACGUAUUCCAUCCGGUUGUCCCUACGAUGAAGUCUGCAUUGAAGUAUGCUCUCCCUUUCGGGCUCUACGGCUACCUAUCGGGAUCGGUGUUCAUCGAUCGAGGCUCGGAAAGAGGCCGAAAAGCUUUGGAGCGUGGUUUAGAAGAAGCAAAAAAAAUGAAAAAAUCGAUGUGGAUUUUCCCUGAGGGGACGAGAAAUCACACCGAAGAGAAACUGCUGCCUUUCAAAAAAGGAGCAUUCCACAUGGCGGUUCAAGCGCAGAUUCCGAUCCUGCCAGUUGUGUUCUCGGACUACUCGAACUUUUACGACAGAGACGGGCAGCGAUUCGACUCGGGCAAGGCUUCCGUCACGGUUCUGCCUGAAAUCAGCACCGAGGGCUUAACGAGUGCCGACGUCGCCGAGCUCUGCGAAAAAACUCGCAACCUGAUGAUCGAACAAUAUGUGAAAACCGCUCCGACGGGAAGAAAAUGCACAUGAAGUCCUUGCUGAAAUAUAACUCGGAUUCCACUAUAUUGGAAUGCACGCGGGAGUCUAUCGCGUCAUCAUCGCGUUGGUAGCUCGGUUUGCCACAGAAUAUUUCCAUUAAUCCUCAUUCGAUAUCCUCAU